GGCUGGGUAAAACAAGCAGAAUUCAGCAGAACACUGUUACUGAUGGACACUAGCUGUUGAGUUCAGGAUGAACGACAUGAACCUGAGUCCUGUGGGCAUGGAUCAGCUCAGUGUGCCAGUGAGUGCUGGCCACCUGGUUCUGCCCACGUCCCCCACACACAACCCCAUCCCCACUCCAGGCAUGCCAGUGGCCAUCCCCAGCCUGGGUCCUUCCCUAGGCUCCCUCCCUUCUGCCCUGUCUCUGAUGCUCCCCAUGGGUCCACUGAGUGACAGAGGAGUGAUGUGUGGCCUGCCGGAGAGAAACUACUCCUUGCCACCCCCUCCAUACCCCCACUUGGAGAGCAGCUACUUCCGACACAUAUUGCCAGGUAUCCUGUCUUAUCUGGCAGACCGUCCACCACCUCAAUACAUUCAUCCCAGCAGUCUUAACAUGGAUGGGACCCUGUCAGUGGCCAGCAACAACCCCUCCGGUCUGGACCCCUACAGUGGCCCUGGAGGCCCACUAGAGCAGGGCCUGGUGCCCAUAGAUUCCAGACAGGUCAGCGGGCAGGGAGACCUCCACCAGACCGGUGCUCACGAACUGGACUCCACAGGAUUGGCCAUGGAGUCACGUGUCAACAGCCCCAUGUCCCCUGACAGGAUGGGAGAUGAGCUGGCCUCUAUGGAUGGAGUUGGGGUGGUUUCUGACAACCAGCAGCAGCUUGGCAGAGGAAGGCAGCCUCGGCCGCAUGACAGUUUAGCUGGGGUGGACUCAUCUGGUGGCGUGUUGCCUCUCCAUGGGCCCCCCGUGCUUGAGCUACCAGUUGUAAUGGAGUCGGAUCACAUGGGGGGCCGAAUUGGAAACGCUGGGGGAGGAGGACUCAGGGAGCAGCUCCACUCGAAUGGGGAGAUGAACUCUGGAGUUGUCAGCGUGGUGCUCACUUGCUCCAUGGCCAGUCAGGGCCAGCUGGAGCCGGUAUCUCUCCAUGGACACUCUGGGAUGGGGCUGGAGUCGGUGAACGUGUCCCCCAUCACUGCAGACGUGUCACUGGGGCCAGAAAACAACCUGGUGUUGGUGAACUCCACGUUGCAGCUCGAGGAUUCUACCUCCAACAAGGAGAACAUGGUUACUGCCUACACCAUCUGGUGCACACUGUGCGAGCGCUCGUACACCUCAGACUGCCCAGAGCACGGCCCUGUCACCUUCAUCUCUGACGCACCCAUCCAAAGCCGGGCUCGCCUCUCACUGCCACGUCCACUGUGCCUUCGCAUCUCGGUGGCUGAUGAACCACUUGGAGUUUUUGCACGAGACGUCAUUCCUCCAAGGACUUGCUUUGGACCAAUGGUUGGCCAGCAUUGUAGCAACGUGGAUCUGUCUGAUUGGCCAGAAAAGGACACACCACAGAUAUGGAAGAUGUAUCACAACAAUGUGCUGGAGUUCUACAUCGUGACAACAGAUGAGAACGAAUGCAACUGGAUGAUGUUUGUCCGCAAAGCAAGGGCUCGUGAGGAGCAGAACCUGGUGGCGUACCCUGCCAAUGGUAAACUGUUCUUCUGUACAACCACAGAGAUCCACCCAGACCAGGAGCUGCUCUUCUAUUACAGCAGAGACUACUGCAGGAUGAUGGGUGUUCCUCAGGUGCCUGAGGGUCAGAUCUGCCAAUGUGGCAAAGAGUGCUCCUCCUUCUCAGAGCUCAAGUCUCAUCUCAACAGCCAUAACAGCAACCACAGCCAUAAUCCACCUCCACACAGCCACAGCCCGUCACAACCGGACCACUCUCAACAGCAGCAGCAGCAGCAGCAGCAGCAGCAAGAGCAACAACCUCAGCAACACACUCACCAGGAAGAGAAGCUGACGAACGGGACCUCAAGCUCCUCCUCGUCCCCGUGGCCCUGCCACGCUCAAGCUGCAGCACAAACAAACAGUGACAACAACAGCAGCAGCCGGGGCAGAGCUAAUAGAAACUCUAAUAACAUUAACUCCAGAGCUAGAGGGCAGGGUCACGUGCGGGAGAAGAAAUUCAAGUGCAGCAUGUGCUCCCGGGCUUUCAUCACAUCUACCAAGCUGAACGUGCACUUCAUGGGACACGUGGGGAUGAAACCCCACAAGUGUGAAUACUGCAGCAAGGCCUUCAGCGAUCCCAGCAACCUCAGGAUGCACCUCAAGAUUCACACAGGUCAGAAGAACUACAGGUGCACAGUUUGUGAGAAGUUGUUCACGCAGAAAUCCCACGUGGCGUCACACAUGCUCAUCCACACCGGAGCAGAGAAGCUCAAGUGUGACCUCUGCGAGCGGACCUUCAUCAGGAAGCAGGAUCUGAGACAGCACAUGGUCUCUCACUCGCAUGAGCGGCGGAUUCAGUGCCCGAAGUGCAACAAACACUUCAUCAAGACCAACCACCUGAAGAAGCACAUGAACUCUCACGAAGGCCGCAGAGACUUUGUCUGCGAGAAAUGCCACAAGGCUUUCCUCACCAAAUACCACCUCACCCGUCACCUCAAGAUAUGCAAGGGGCCCAAGACGGAGCGAGCAUCCCGCAAGGAGCAGGAGGUAGAUGAGGAAGAUGAGGAGGACGAAGAGGAAGAGGAAGAUGGCGACAGCAGGGGAGGGAGGGGAGAGAGACUGAGUGACUCUGCCAAUAAUGAAGACUGUGGUUUGGAUGUUGGAGGAUAUAACUCAGAAAAAUCCCUGUCGCCCCCUCAUUGACAACACUGUGCCUCUUGACAUGUCUUGUUUAUUUGUUUACUACAAACUGAUCUUUACCUCUAGUUUUUGCCAAAUAUCUGUUACUACAAGCCUUUUUUUUAUAACAUUAACACAGUCAGUACACUUUAAUUUCCACAUUUUACAUCGUUAACAUUAAGAAAACAGAUAUUUGGGUUUCUUAUGAGCAUUACAGUGCUUCUAAAACACUCUUCAUAUCAUAACUAAUUGUAUUUCUAUGAAUCUCUUUUUACACUUAACUGAAUCUGUGCAAUAUUAUUGGUUGAUGGGAUUCAUAUAAGCUGUCAUUCGAUGUUAAUCAGAUUUUCCUGGUUCGAUAUGUUUUCAUUUGUAAUUGCAGAUUAAUGUCUGCAAAAAAUUCUGAUGCCAUAUAUUUACAUAGGAGACCUAAUCAUGUGUAAUUUGCUCAAUUGCCUUUUACUCUUUAUUUAUUGAAAGCAUUUUUUUUUAAUUAUUAUUAUUAUUUAAACUGUGUGAAUGGAUGUGAAAACAGCAGUCUGGGCAUUAUUGUAAAAAGACUUCACUGUGUGAAUGUGGACUAAAUGUUGAAAUACUGUUUUAGCUCCAUCCUAUCUUUUGCAUAAUGUAAUAAAUGAACUUGUAUAGCU